GCACACUUUACGGCAAACACCUGAUCGGAAACGGGAAGCUUCGGUCGGGUUGCGCAUCGGAAAUAAAUCAGGAGACGCGAAGGGUGUGUGGUCGAUCGAUUACAGAUCUGGGACAGAUCCGAGCAGCCCCACGGAGAUGAGCCGCACAGGCGCCGAGCUGAAGAUUCAUUUUAGUCCCGGGCGGGUGCAGCUGGUGCAGGAAGAGGUGCUAGUCCCAACCCCCAGGGUACUGGUUACCGGGGCAACCGGACUUCUGGGUCGGGCUGUGUGUAAGGAGUUCCAGAACAAUGACUGGUGUGUGGUAGGAUCUGGCUACAGGAGGGCCAGACCCCAACACAUCCGCUGUGACCUGACGGAUGAAGAUGCUGUGCGAGGACUGCUGCACCAAUCGAAGCCGGACGUGAUCGUCCACUGUGCAGCAGAGAGACGGCCAGAUGUGGUGGAGAGACACACCGAGGCCGCUGUGAAUCUGAACGUGCACGCCACUGGCACACUGGCUCGGGAGGCGGCUGCCAAUGGAGCCGUGUUCAUCUACAUAAGCUCCGACUACGUGUUCGACGGCAGAAAUCCUCCCUACGGUGAAGACGACACCCCAAAUCCUCUGAACGUGUACGGACGCAGCAAACUGGAGGGAGAGAGGGAGACGCUGCGACACUGUCCAGGCGCGGUGGUGCUGCGCGUUCCGGUCCUGUAUGGCGAGGUGGAGUCGGUGAUGGAGAGCGCCGUGACGUCACUGUGGCUGAAAGUCCAGGAGGGGCCGACAGAGAGCUGCACGCUGGACCACUGCCAGCAGAGAUUCCCCACCGACGCUCGAGACGUCGCCAUCGUCUGCAGGAAGCUGGCGGCGAGAGCCAGACAGGACCCGUCGAUCAGAGGAAUCUUUCAUUUCUCAGGGAAAGAACAGAUGACCAAAUAUGAAAUGGCGGUGGCCAUCGCUCAGGCCUUCAACCUGCCGUCCAACCACCUCAUCCCUCUGACAGAGCAGCCCGCCGGCUCGGCUCCCCGACCCGCCAACAGCCACCUGAACUGCUCACGUCUGGAGCUGCUGGACCUCAGUGUGGAACCGCGACCUUUCACCUCCGCCAUCAGCGACUGCCUUUGGCCCUUCACGCCGGACAAACGCUGGAGGCAGACAGUCUUCCACUGAGUCGGUUUCCAACAGCAUCCUGCUUUAAAUACUCCUGAAGACGCCAGAAGAAGCCCAACAACCUGUUCCUGCAGAAAACCUAAAAUGUAGGUCGAUCCAUGUCUAUGUAUUUUUUUCCUGAGAAUUCCGCUUCAAAUCGUUCAUACUCAAACUGAAACUUGAUUUUCUUCUACUGCUGUGUGGGGUAGUUUCUCAGACGCUCGGGGGUGCUCGCAAAACAAGUUUUAUUAAGUCAAGCAUUUCGAUUUUCUCAAAUUAUUUGAACCUUUGCAGGCUGUUUGGACGUUAAGUGCCCAGUCACAACACUAGAGGGCGAUCAGGAGGCAGAUUUCUGAGCACAUCAGUGAAGUCUAUUGUAGCUGUUUGAUAAUGAAAGGAGGAUGCGACUACAGCUUGCUUGUUUACUGGCAAGUCAACAUGAGACGUCUUCAGCUUGACUUCCCAGUUCUGGUUGUCUGAGUUUGCGCACCUCUAUUUUUCUGGCUACAGUUUGCGGCAACAGUAGGAUUUUAAUUUUCCUUUCAGCUGAACUUCCUUCUUACGUCAUGCAAUUGUGUUCAGCAGAAAAAUCCUUUAAAAGUUUAUUUUUUUACCGUCAAAGUACUACAAUUUUUUUGGGUUAUAGUCCAGCACCAGGCCUCUUCAUGAUGUGUUUGGGGGAAAAAAAAAAGUUGAACAAAAGUGCUUCUGUGUUGUGAAGGCUUGCUAGUGGUAACCCAAUAAAAGUAUUUAUUUCAUUUGAAAAGAGAAAUGCCUCAACUGGCGGCUACUGUUCCCAGUCAAGUUCCAUUGUGUGUCGUCAUGUCUGUGUGGAACAAUAACUGAAGACUUCAAGGCUAAUUGUUUGAUGCGUUUGCUUGAAAUGAUCACAUUCCAAAGAUGACGUGUGUGAGAACACGAAGAUGCUGAUGGAUUGUGUUGUUGUCAGAUCAAGACUGUUCAUGCGCCUGUGUGUUCAUCAUCAAGGAAGUGGUGUCAUAUUAUUUUGGGAAGGAAGGUUUAGUUUCCCUUUUUGUCCUGAUCCUUUGUGUUCCUCUCAUAUGAAGCCUCAAAUAGCUUUGAAUGGUCUGAUCUGAGUUGAUUUUGUGGAGAGCAACACUACUGUGUGGUACCAGUGUGUGUGUGUGUGUCUGUAAACACUGUACUUCCUGUACGCACCUUCAAUAAAACUCGCUUGUAAACGUA